AUGAAACUCUGUUACCAAUUUCACCGCCUCACCCAAACUCCCCUCACGCCUCAAUGCUUUGCUCCCUUCUCUCUCAUCUCAUAUCUCUGCAUUGCUCCCUUCUAUUCCCUCUCGUCUCUCUACCUUGCUCCCUUUUAUACUUCUCAGUUCUUCUCAGUUGUCUCUCAUCUCAUAUCUCCGCCUUGCUCCCUUCUAUCCCCUCUCGUCUCUCUGCCUUGCUCCCUUUUAUACCUCUCGGUUCUCCGCCUUGCUCCCUUCUCUCCCCCCCCCCCCCCUAAGAUCCUCCCUUGCUCCCUUCUCUCCCCUCCCAUAUCUCCGCCUAGCUCCGUUCUCUCCCCUCUCGUCUCUCUUCCUUGCCCCCUCCUCUCCCCUCUCCUCUCUCCGCCUUCCUCCCUUCAUUCCCCUCCCCCCCGUAAUCCUCCCUUGAUCCCUUCUCUCCCCUCUCAUAUCUCCGCCUUGCUCCCUUCUAUCCCCUCUCGUCUCACCGCGUUGCUCUCUUCUCUCCCCUCUCGUCUCUCCGCCUUGCUCCCUUCUAUCCCCUCUCAUAUCUCCGCCUUGCUCCUGAGUGUCCCCUCUCGUUUCUCCGCCAUGCUCCAUUCUCUUCCCCCCCUGUGA